GACUUCCAUGCGGUAGCAGAGAACAACUUCCUCCGGAGUUCACAGUUCAAACAACUGUCUGUUUAUAAUAUCAAAAAACCGACGGCUAAAAUGAAGUGGAUUUUCUUCUCUGGUACCGGCGGGCUCUAGUGACUCGCGGGAAGUUGAAAGUGACCCGGACGGCCGGCUAAGAAGCCAUAAAACAAGAAUACGAACAAGAAUACGAACAAGAAUGCCUCUGUGGAUUGGCAGAGGAGCUGGACGAGCAGUUGGGAGCUUCUUUCUCCCACUCAGCGCUUCGAUCUUCUUCGUGUUGCUGGUCGCAGUCGCAGCAAUUCCUGAGGAACCAGUUGUCAUCAAGGAAGAAGCUCCCGUCGAGAAAGCAGCCAGUCUCCAUCCCUUGCGGCACGCUGUCAAGGAGGAUGACCCUGGCAAAGGCAACCUGGGAUUCAUCCACGCCUUUGUGGCCUCCAUUUCUGUCAUCAUCGUGUCCGAGCUGGGCGACAAGACCUUCUUCAUCGCCGCCAUCAUGGCCAUGCGGUACAACCGGCUCACAGUGUUAGCUGGUGCAAUGCUGGCCCUGGGGCUCAUGACAUGCUUGUCAGUGCUCUUCGGCUACGCCACUACUAUCAUCCCCAGAAUUUACACUUACUAUGUGUCCACUGGCCUCUUUGCCAUUUUUGGUGUGCGCAUGCUCCGCGAGGGCUUAAAAAUGAGUCCUGACGAAGGCCAGGAGGAGCUGGAGGAAGUCCAGGCUGAAAUCAAGAAGAAGGAUGAAGAGCUGCAACGUUCCAAAAUGGCCAAUGGCACGCCAGACUUGGAGGCUGGGACCGGCUCCCCAUCGCCGCCAUCAUCCAGGUGGCACAGCAUCAUCUCGCCCAUUUUCAUCCAGGCGCUCACCCUCACCUUUCUCGCUGAGUGGGGCGACCGCUCCCAGCUCACCACUAUCAUCCUUGCUGCACGAGAGGAUCCUUUUGGCGUGGCUGUGGGAGGCACACUGGGACAUGGCUUGUGUACGGGCUUGGCUGUGAUUGGAGGCAGGAUGAUUGCCCAGAAAAUAUCCGUCAGAACAGUCACAAUCAUUGGUGGAAUCGUCUUCCUGGCUUUUGCCUUCUCCGCCCUCUUCAUUAAGCCUGACGCUGGACUGUAAAGAGCGCCAAAGGACUGUUUUGAGUGUACAUACUGUAUCCGUUAGUCGCUGUAGAGAUUGUACCGUCCCUGAUUCUCAGUUACCCAUGGAUUUAUAGGAGAUGAAGUGCAACGCGACAGGGAUGUUACUGAACUUGAAGAUUUGCAGUCUUUUCCUCACAGCUUUUUUUGGUGUUGAUUUUUAUUCAAAACGUGUAAUUCAAAAUGUGGCACAUCAGUAGCUUUUUGGGUGAUUUUACAGGUAAUCAGUUUCAUUUGUUUAAUCGAGCUUUUUUUUUUUUUUUUUUUUACUGCUGUAUCUGGGCGCAAAUCUUUGGUCGCUGUCACUCCACAAUCUAUUUAUUUAGUAGUUUCAUGUGCUUUCCAAAAGAUGUUUAAGGAAGCAGUGGCCAGGAAAUAUUUUUUUUAUAUUUGUCAGUUGUGAAAUAUGUAGUAUACCGUAAAAAUGAUUUAAGAGUUGAAUUGAAAGCCUUUUAAAGUUUAAUUGCUCAAUAAACGAAGAAGAAAAUGUGAGUUGGGAAAUUUGA